AUGGGCAACACACUGAGAAUAAAAAACGUCAAGAAGAGGGACUCUGGAGAAUAUCGAUUCAGGAUCAUCACUAACACAAACUCUUACUCUGGUUCACCUGGAGUCAUUCUAACUGUUACAGAUACAAAAGUGAAAAGCAGUCCAGACCCUGUGAUAGAUGGAGAAAAAGUGAUAUUAAGCUGUUCAACUAAAUGCACUCUGGAUAACAAACAUACUUACAUCUGGUAUAAGAAUGGACAACAGGCAACAGAUGGAUUGACAUUAUUAAACAAGCUGUACCUGGACUCAAUCAACAGUGAGGAGCUACAAGAGUAUUCCUGUACUGUAAGAGAUCCAGUUCCAGAGAAGAGCAUGGCAACACGAAUCAUCAUAUUGUUACUAUCUGUGUUUCUCAUUAUUGCAGUCAUAGGAGUCCUGUAUUAUAGGAGGAGGAGAAAGUAUAUAUCAUCUCAGAAAUGUGACAACGCAAAUCCGGCUGUACAGCCCAAAUCCCAACCAGACUCAUCAACAUUGGACAACUCCACACCUCUGUAUACGGAUUCUGACUUUACCCACAAGACUCACUCAGAUGAGCAGAUCAUUCAUUAUUCAAGUAUUCAUUUCAAACAGUCUCACAAGACCACGUCUUGCACCCCUACUGUUAUAUAUGAAUCAACAAUUGAAGAUGUUCAUUAUUCCACUUUGAAGUUAAAAUGA